AUGUCGCAGAUAACAAUGCAGCCCCAGGUUGGGCAACAACUAGCAUAUCUGCUCUUGGUUGAGUUGCUGGCACAUCAAUUUGCGUCCCCGGUCCAAUGGAUCACCACGCAAGAUGUCCUCCUCAAAGAGCAUAAUGUUGAGCGCUUCGUCGAAAUCGGACCCGCCGAUGUCCUCACCAGCAUGCUCAAGAACACUGUCGCUCGACACCUCAAAUCCCAAGAUGCUGCUCGCAACAUCACUCGACGGUUUCUUUCUUAUGCGCAGAAUGCACAAGAGAUUCAGUAUUUGUUAGAGGCAGGUACAGUGGCAACCCCAGAAAAAACGAAGAAGAUCGAAACACCCACCAAGUCAACUGUGACCGAAGCGGCCACAACUGCCCAAGUUACUGUGAAAGGUCUCCAAACGGCGGAGUCUUCUGAAGCUCAACUGAACGUCACCGCCUCAACGCAGAUCGCCAAUGCUGCCCCGAUCCCGGACGCUCAAAUUGAUGCAAAAGAGAUCCUAGUUGCUAUCGUUGCCGGAAAGCUACGAAAGAGUCACGGUGAACUGGAAACAAUGAAAACAAUCAAGGCUCUAGCCAAUGGUCGAUCAACAAUGGAGAAUGAGAUUGUCGGGGACCUCGAUGCCGAGUUCGGCUCGCUCCCCGAAAAGCCAGAGGAUAUGGCUCUCGAUGAGUUGGCAAACCUGCUACAAUCCGCGCCCUCUUUCUCGGGGCAGUUGCGCAAAGUUUCAACUGGUCUCUUGUCCAAGGUCUUCGCGCAGAAGCUUCCCGCGGGCGUUUCCAGUGGGGAUGUUCGUGAUUAUUUGAAGUCCCGAUGGGGUCUGGGCCCAGGUCGUCAAGAUGCAAUCUUUCUGCGAGCAAGCACAGCGCAAAUCUCAUCGAGGUUGACGGACCAAAAACAGACACACUCGUUCUUUGAUACAAUUGUGCAGCAAUAUGGCACUGAUCACGGGCUGAACCUCUUGGGUGCAGCCCUCGACUCCGUGGUGAAGGACCAGACCAAGCUCAAGAAGUCCUUAAUGGAACUGUAUGCACGGCUCCUAGGAAAGGACCUGAGGCAAGAUGCCCACGAGGCGUUCAAAGCACAACUAGCAACGGCCGAGCUGCAGCACCAAUUGGACGGCAUCACGGCGGAGGUGGGGGAUUUCUUCCUUUCCGGUAUCCGUCCUCUCUGGGCAGCCUCCAAGCUUCGACGCUUCCAUUCGAGCUGGAACUGGGUCUUACAAGACGCCCUCGACCUCUUUCAUCGAAUCCUGCGUGGUGACUUCUCAGAUGCGGACUAUGCCAAAUAUAGCAACGCCAUUGCGAAUCGAUCUAGUCCCCGCUUAGUGCGCAUGCUGAAUUAUCUCGCCGGCAACGAAUCUUUGGCCUGGGGACCUCGGUUUCCUGAAGCCAAAGCGGCCGUGCACCGCCUGUUGGAUCGAUGUGAGAAAACUCGCAUCCCUCGGUUUGAGCCUCUGGCUGCCAGUUACGAUGCUCUCAUCAAAGGCCCCAGCACCGAUAUUGACGAGAAGGGCAAUAUCAAGUAUUCCGAAGUCGCUCGUGGCGAAUCUCCGGUUGUUGCAUCGAUCACAAUCAAGACUCGUGGUCAGUCAUCCUGGCAUAUCAACCAGCCGAUGACUACAUUGUACCGCGAGGAGGUGCAAACCUCUUGGAGUGAAGGAGUGACUUUUGUCAACAAAAAUGUGCUGAUGACAGGAGUCAGCGCAGGGUCGAUAAAUGCCGAGGUCCUGAAAGGUCUUUUGAGUGGUGGUGCCAAAGUGAUCAUCACUACCAGCAGCUAUUCAUCGUCUACCACCCGCUACUACCAGAACCUCUACGUCGAGCAUGGCGCCCGGGGCUCCGAGCUCAUCGUCGCUCCCUUCAACCAAGGCAGUCAACAAGAUCUUGACGGCAUUGUAGAGCACAUUUUCGCAGAUACCGGGCUAGGUUGGGACCUGGACCAUGUGAUCCCCUUCGCGGCAAUUACAGAGUCUGGACGAGAGAUUGACCAAAUUGAUUCGCGCUCGGAGCUUGCCCACCGCAUCAUGCUUACCAACACAUUACGUUUGCUGGGCGCCAUCAAGAAACAAAAGCAGGCCCGCGGGUAUCGCACGCGACCCACCCAAGUCAUUCUGCCACUUUCUCCGAACCACGGUGCCUUUGGUAACGAUGGCUUGUACGGCGAGUCCAAGCUUGCGCUUGAAUCACUGUUUGAAAAGUGGCACUCGGAGAGCUGGUCUGCGUAUUUAUCCAUCUGCGGUGCGGUUAUUGGAUGGACUCGUGGUACGGGGCUCAUGGCGGAUAAUAAUAUCGUUGCCGCUGGCAUCGAACUUCAUGGCGUGCAAACCUUCUCGACAGCGGAGAUGGCAGCAUAUAUUCUGGUGCUGCUGACUCGCAAGUUGGCCAGCGAAUGCAACGUCCAGCCAUUGUAUGCCGAUCUCACGGGAGGGCUGAACGCCAUCCCAAAUCUUCGAGCCACGCUGGAUAAGGUCCGCCGCGAUAUCUUCGAUCAAAGUACUCUUCGUGCCAACCUGGCUCGGGAAAAGGAAGCUGAAGAGAAGCUCACGAUUUUGGGUCUCCAGGCAAAAGACAAAGAGGUUGCUCGGCCUCGCCUGGCAAAUAUCCCGUUCACAUUCCCGCCAUUACCUGAUGAGGAUGUUGAAGUCCAACCCUUGCGGGAAAGACUACUUGGAAUGGCGAACCUGGAUCGCGUCGUGGUGGUGACUGGAUUCUCCGAGAUAGGACCAUUCGGUAACUCCCGUACUCGGUGGCAGAUGGAGGCUACUGGGCGCCUGUCACUCGAAGGGUGCAUUGAGAUGGCUUGGAUGAUGGGCUUGGUCACGCAUUACAAUGGACUCCUAGACGGCCAACAGUAUACCGGAUGGGUGGACGCGAAGACCAAGAAGGCUGUCCAAGACCUCGACAUCAAGGUUCGCUAUGAAGAGUAUAUUCUUGCCCAUACGGGGAUCCGUCUGGUGGAGGCCACACUAGAUGCACAGGAGACAGCUGGAAAAAGGCAAUUGCUUCAAGAAAUCCUUCUUGAGGAAGACCUACCGGAAUUCGAGGUUUCCCCUGAAGUGGCGCAGCAACUUGUCAACGAGCAUGGCGAGAAACAUGUUGAUGUCCUGUCGCUCGGAGAGCGUUGCGUGGUCAACUUGAAGAAGGGGGCUGUCCUGAUGAUCCCCAAAGCCUUGAAUUAUGACCAUGCUGUGGCAGGACAGGUCCCUACCGGUUGGGAUGCACGCACCUACGGCAUUCCUGACGACAUUGUUGCCCAGGUGGACCGUGGAACCCUCUUCACCUUGGUGAGCACGAUAGAAGCGUUGAUCGCGUCCGGAAUCACCGACCCCUAUGAGCUGUACCAGUAUAUUCAUGUUUCGGAAUUCGGUAACUGUAUUGGUUCAGGUUUGGGGGGUGUUCAUUCCCUGAAGAAGUUGUUCAAGGAUCGAUACAUGGAUAAAGACGUGCAGAAGGAUAUCCUCCAGGAGACCUUUAUUAACACUACUGCCGCGUGGGUGAACAUGCUACUCAUAUCCUCCUCUGGGCCCAUCCGGACGGCGGUCGGUGCUUGUGCCACAUCGGUCGAAUCGUUAGAAACCGGGUAUGAGACGAUCGCGACCGGACGGGCCAAGAUCUGCCUGGUCGGAGGAUAUGACGAUAUGAACCAGGCUGUGGCAGAAGAAUUUGCCAAUAUGAAAGCGACCACAGAUGCGGCUGCUGAAGCAACAAAGGGCCGACUUCCCCAAGAGAUGUCGCGACCCUCGGCGGAGAGCCGCAGCGGGUUCGUCGAAUCACAAGGAAGUGGAAUUGAGGUCAUCACUUCUGCACGGUUGGCGUUAGACCUUGGCCUGCCCAUCCAAGGUAUUAUUGCUUGGGUCGGCACCGCCAGUGACAAGACUGGGCGCUCAGUGCCCGCGCCCGGGCAGGAUGUGCGAUACCGCAAGCGUCGUCUGGCGGCGCGUUUCGUCCAGAUUCAGGAGUCAGUCAACUUAGAGGUAGAGACCAUGGGAGAUCUUGAAGACAGCGAAGCGCGUGAGCACCACCUCCGCUUUGUCGAGCAAGAGGCCGAUCGCCAGCGCAAGGAAGCCCUGGACACAUUUGGCAAUGACUUUUGGAAAAGUCAGACUUCGAUCUCGCCCAUUCGUGGGGCUCUGGCAGUCUUUGGUCUCGGCAUUGAUGACCUGGACUUUGUCACUCUACACGGUACCAGUACAGUGAUGAACGAUAAAAAUGAGCCUGCUGUUCUCGAAGCCCAGAUGAAACAUCUCGGUCGCACACCAGGCAAUCCACUCUUCGCCAUCUCACAGAAAUAUCUCACAGGUCACCCCAAGGGUGCCGCCGGAGCAUGGAUGCUGAACGGUGGCCUGCAAGCGCUCAACAGCGGCAUUAUCCCAGGUAACCGCAAUCUCGACAGCGUGGACGGCCACCUCGAGAAGAACGACUAUAUCGUCUACCCCAACCGUAGCAUCACAACGUCCGGGCUGAAGGCUUUCUCCCUCACCUCCUUUGGCUUCGGACAGAAAGGGGCGCAGGCCAUCGUGGUCCAUCCACGCUAUUUGUAUGCUAUGCUGGAGCAGGCCGAGUUCAAACAGUAUCGUGGGAGACGCCAGACACGUCACCGCAAGGCAUUCCGUUUCUUCCACCGUGGAAUGGUGGCGAAUACCAUGUUUGUGCCUAAGACCGAAGCGCCAUAUACGCCAGAACAGCAAAACUCGGUGCUGUUGGAUCCCACGGCCAGAGCGAUUGCAAGUUCCGGGGCGACUCUCCAGUAUUCCUUUUGA